CCUGUCAGUCUAGCGUUGUUUCGCCGCAUGAUCGCUGAAGAAGAAGAAUCGCGGAAGAAGGGAAAGGUUUCCAUAGAAGGUUUCCUGACGGAUCACCGGGCUAACCAGUUAACAAAGAUAACUACCCGUCUUAUCGGCAAUUUAAUCAAGUAUACCGGUUAGAUAGACACCCGGACCGAAGUAUCAAGAUGACAGCCGCACCUUACAACUACUCCUACAUCUUCAAAUACAUCAUCAUCGGUGAUAUGGGAGUAGGAAAGUCCUGUCUGCUGCACCAGUUCACGGAGAAAAAAUUCAUGGCUGACUGUCCUCACACCAUCGGGGUGGAGUUUGGGACGAGGAUCAUGGAGGUUAACGGUCAGAAAGUGAAGCUGCAGAUCUGGGACACAGCCGGUCAGGAGCGCUUCAGGGCUGUCACCAGGUCCUAUUACAGAGGGGCUGCCGGGGCCCUCAUGGUGUACGACAUCACCAGGAGAAGUACUUAUAAUCACUUGAGCAGCUGGUUAACAGAUGCCAGGAACCUGACCAACCCAAACACAGUGAUCAUUCUGAUUGGAAACAAGGGCGACCUGGAGGCUCAGAGAGACGUGACGUACGAGGAGGCCAAACAGUUUGCGGAGGAGAAUGGUUUGCUGUUUCUAGAGGCCAGCGCUAAGACAGGGGAGAAUGUGGAAGAGGCCUUCUUGGAAGCGGCAAAGAGAAUUUAUCAGAACAUCCAAGAUGGCAGUCUGGACUUGAACGCUGCCGAGUCAGGAGUCCAGCACAAACCGUCUGCGCCGCAAGGAGGUCGCCUCAACGCCGACAGCCAACCGGCCAAAGAAGGCUGCAGCUGCUAACCACAGACCCAUCAGACAGACGGACGGACGGACAGAAGCAGACAGAUACGUACACAGAGAUCCACCAGGCACUAACAUGCGUCUUCUAUCCAGAGUGUGUCAAACAGGAUUUAGCUGGAUUACAUUUAACAGUCCAACCAACUGUUGUCAAAUCCAGACCUCAGUUCAAUACCCAAAACAAGAUUCAACCAUCCUCCACCCAAUCCGAUAUUUACCAGCUUUGGUUAAAUCAGAACACCCGCUACCAAAUCCAGAAACAUUCCAGAUGUCUAUGUGCCACCUCUGGAUCAGUGUUGGUCAACUCCCAAAUCAGGACCACCCUAGACCUUAGCUGGAUCACUGUUUGCACAAAAUGAAUCCCUAAGCAUAAAUCCCGGCCACUCUUGGUCCACACUUGGAUCAUGCUAGGUCUCAUUCCAGCUUAGUCACUAUGCCCAUCGCCAGGCAAACUUUUCCCCAAAACUGGACGACCCUCUGGACAUUCCAAGAUUAAAGCGCUGUUGGCCUGACUCAAGUGAAGGUUGUCCAAUUUAGGACUACCCUGGUCACACUUGAUAACACAAUUUAUUCAUUAUUAUUAGUUAACAAAUAAAGACACAAGACUCCAACUACAGCCCAAAUCUGAUCUACACUUCACUAAAAUGCAGAUCACCCAAAAAAAAACUUAAACAUCCAGGCUGGCUUGGCCCAAAGGUAGGCCAAACUUGGACUGUUGUAAGCCCAGAAUAGCACCACCCUUAGCCCACCAACCGAUAACCAUUUUCCCCAAGACUGAACCCAACUCAAGUGAGGGUAUUCCAACUACUUUUGUCCCAAAUGUUAAACACCAAUAAGACAGAUACAGAUUCAAUGCUUAAAUUCGGACAAACCUGCAGUCCAAAUCUGGACAACACCUCAUUAAAAAACGGAUCACCCAAGUCUCAACUCCAGACAUUCCUAUGGACAGAUUCAAAGCCUUGGCUCAAGCCAGACUGCUUAUUGGUCCAAAUCGAGGACCACCUCUAGUCCAAAUAUUCAUAUUUAGCUUUAAUCUGAUCUGCUAUAAAUCCAGAUCGUCCAAACGCCCAACUCUGGCGUUCAUGCUUUGAUAUAAACGUUGGGAUUAAUAGUCAUACUUAUGUCUUAUGUGUGUGGUAUCCCAUCAUUUGUUGUUCAGUCGGAAAAGUCUUAAAAAUUCAUGCUUCAAAUCCAUUAAUUCUAACAGAGUGGCCUGGACUCUCCUCAUAUCACUUGUUCCCCAUGCAGGAGUUUCCAAACCGCUGCCCUUCGAGCUGACCCGUUGCAUUUACACAGUGUCGGUAAUGUGGAUCCGAAGAUGCAUUUACACUGUAGUUGAUGAUGUGGAUUGGAGACUUUUGAAUCUGUUGUUCUGUUGGAGUUCCAGCAAUAUUCACACCUAAAGCUGAUGAUAUAAUUUUACUUGUUUGACUACCAAUCACCUCGAAUGCAGGUUAAAUGAGUACUCCAUGCUUAGUACACUUAACCUCUGAAAAUACUUGUGUAAUGUCUUCUGUGGCUAUGGAGGAGCUUCCUAAAGUCUGCAAAAAAUAACUCUGACGAUGUAAUUUGGCCUGGGUUAGAAGACCACCUAUAACAAAAGCCUAUUUCAAACAGCGGGUGUGCAGUUUGAAAGUCGUGGGCAUUCACCAGGCUAAGUGGGUCUACCGAAAGACGGUACGAAUCUGCUUAACGAAAAUUGUAGGAUCCAUGGUUUUGGAGUUUGUCCUAUAUUAUUUACUAAAAGUCAGAACACCUCAGCCUUUGCUGCUUUAGUUUUGACCAGUCUUUCUUUAACAUGUCUCUCACAAGUUCCCCAACUUUAUAAAAGUGCGAUAAAAGCUUUAGCUGACUUCAAAUACACUAGUUCGGUCACGUCUAAAUCACUUGAGUAGCCCCUUUAACCCCAGCUGGAAGAGGGAGGUCACAGAGAAGAUCGGAAAAUGUUAACCGAAAAGAGCCAGGAUCUCAGUACAGAUAGACCCACAUAUAAACACACAUGCACAGAUUACAGGUCUUUGUGGGUCCAACUUUUAGGACCUGAUCCAAAACGGACCUGAAACCAUAUUCGGAUCCAACGUGCAUAAAGAGUUUUCUUUUUUAAGAGACUAAAUCUGAAAAGUUUGUGAGGACACUAUUCUGCUUACCAAAUGAUACUAAACAUUAUCUGGACCCGGCCUUACUUGGCUCCUGGGUCUGGUCUCUGUUACUAGGGACCGAGUGGAU